UUCGGGUUGUUGUUAAAUUCAGCGCUGCGAACAGCGCUUCUAAGCGAUGCCGCUGAGAGCGUUGUUAAACUCGUUUUCUUGAAGCGCUGCGCGCAGCGAACGUCUCAGCGAUUUCACUGGUUCGAGGUUAAAUCUGCAGCGAUCGAACCAGGUGCUUUUUGCGCUUAAACAAAAUGGCAGCCACCACGAUGGAAUUCGUCGAAUUUGUUUACGAGAACUUAAAAAUUGAACUAAAAGUUGAUUCUUCAAUUAAACGUCGUUUAGAAAAUGAUCAUGAUUUCAUUCCUCGGUUUUUUGAAGAACUGAUAUAUGAGAGGGGAAUGAGAGAACAGAUUGGUUUACCGGAAGAUGUUGAUAUUAAUUCAAUAAGACUGGCCAGCAAAUCACACGAGGAGGGAGAAUCAGGAGACUUCUCUUGGACUGAUUCCUCCACGCUGUUGUUGAUAACAACACGAUUAAAUAUGGACGAUGAAUUCAGAAAACCCAUAAGAAAAACAAAAUUAUNAGAGGGACGGCCUUAA